AUGUCUAACGACAUCAAUCUCACCACUGCCGUCGGCCGAGCGGUGGCCGCCAUUGCGGAACCCCUCGCUGACGAUCCUAUUCUUCAGAGCCACAACCGGGUCCUUGACCUCCUCUUCAACCACACUGACGCAGCCAUUGAGCUGGCAGAUGCUCAAUUGCAUGUGUUUCCUUUCAAAGACGUCCACCUCCGCUGGCGCCGUCUGUACACCGACGCCUCCACCCUCAAAGCAUGCUUCCUUAUCAUCCAUCACCGUGGCUGGAGUCAGCUGCCCGGAAGGGGCGGUGACCAGCACCUCAAUGUCCAGGAGCUCCUCAAAGACCUUAAACAAGUGGAAGACCUCAGCAACUCAUCCCCGGAAGCCAAAAUCAGUUCACGCGCGCCAUGGCUGUCGGAGGUUGUCCGCGUCUUGGACAAGGCUUUGAUCAUGACCGGGGCCCCGAUGCGCGAGAAGACCGUUGAGAGCUUGUUCUCGACCUUGCAGACGGCAGUUGAAUCCGAGACUUGCCGCACCAUCGAUAACCGCGACGAGACGAUGCCGCCGCAACCGAAGCGCCGCAACUCCCUGCCGCCGCCGCUUUUCCCUCCGCACACGAUCCGCGAACCCGAGCUGGUGCGCCCAAUUCGACGCAUCGAGGCGCCGUCGUUUGGGUUAAUGCAGCAGCAUAUGAUGGACAUCCGCACCCCGCUGGUCAUAGAGCAAUCCUUCGACUACUGGCCGGCCCUGUCGACUCGCCACUGGUCGUCGCGCGAUUACUGGUUCGAUCGCACGUUCGACGGCCGUCGCCUCGUGCCCGUCGAGGUGGGCCGAUCGUACACCGACGAGGGUUGGGGCCAGAAGAUCAUGCCGUUCCAUGAGUUCGUCGACAAGUACCUCUGGCAGGACGGGUCGAGUUCCGCCGCAGGCCCGGAAACCGGGUACAUGGCCCAGCACGACUUGCUUUCGCAGAUUCCCGAGCUGCGCAAGGACAUCAGCGUUCCGGACUUCUGCUACAUUGAUCCCCCGGGCCCGGAGCCUGGCACGCCGGUGUACUGGGCCAAAAAGCGCGAGUGCGACCACCAGGCCCAAGCGCAUAGCGCGCAGACCGGUAAUGCUGCCAAUGCUGCCGCCGCCGAUAGCAGCAAUACAUCCGGCUUGGACACAGGCCCGGGCGUCACCAGCGACCCCAUCAUCAACACAUGGAUCGGCCCAUCGUGGACUAUCUCGCCGCUGCACCACGACCCCUACCACAACAUCCUCGUGCAGGUCGUCGGCACCAAGUACGUGCGCCUGUACUCGCCCAACACACCCGCAUCCAAGAUCCACCCGCGCGGUAUGGAGACCGUGGCCCCCGCCGACCACAUGGACCUCGACGACGACGCCCCCGUCCCGGAGAAGAAGAUAAUCGACAUGUCGAACACGUCGCGCGUCGACGUUGCCGCAAUCGAGCUCUCGCCCGCCGAGUCCGACCAGUGGGACCAGUUGUGGCCCGGUUUCCAGGAUACACCCUACGUUGACACUGUUCUGCACGAGGGUGAGGCUCUGUAUAUCCCCGUCGGCUGGUGGCAUUAUGUGCGUGGCUUGCGGGCAGGGAUUAGUGUGAGUUUCUGGUGGAAUGCCCCGGGAGAGUGA